CCCAAAUUUGUCAAUUUCCUUCAAACAUACAAACAUAAACUCCGAGCCUCCGACAACUCUGUUUAAUCCCGUUCUUCAACUUGGGACUUUUUGCCGGGAAAACCUCAAACCCUGCAGCAUUCAACCCUCCCUCCACCUCCGUUCGUCUUCACGGCCACCACCAACACCACCGCCGGCUGCCACCCGCAGCAAAUUCUCCACUGCCGUAUUCACCUCCUCUUUCCCUGUCCGUUCUCUGACGUGCCGGAGUUAAGUUAGGACUCUAGUUCGAUGUCGUUUUGAGUUAAUCUUCGGUUAAUGCCGCGUCCGUGCUCCUCGCUAGCCACGGCGGCUUGAUAGCAAGUUUAAUCGGCUGAAUUCAUCUUCGUUCUUCUGAUUGCAUUACAUUAUGAACUCUACAAUUAUCGAUCCCUUACAAGGUGACUUCCCAGAAGUCAUAGAGGAGUAUCUGGAGCAUGGGAUUAUGAAGUGCAUUGCUUUCAAUCGCCGCGGAACCCUUCUUGCCGCUGGAUGUGCUGAUGGGGGCUGUGUCAUUUGGGAUUUUGAGACUAGAGGUAUUGCUAAAAUUCUCAAGGAUAGGGAUUGUAUUUCUGCAAUAACUAGUGUUUGCUGGUCCAAGUAUGGGCACAAGAUACUGGCUUCUGCUGCUGAUAAAUCUUUAACGCUCUGGGAUGUGGUCAAAGGUGAGAAGAUAACACGAAUAACGCUUCAGCAGACACCAUUACAUGCUCGUCUGCAUCCUGGUUCUUCACCUUCAAUUUGCUUAGUUUGCCCUCUGUCAUCAGCUCCAAUGAUUGUUGACCUGAAUGCUGGUAGCACAACUGUUCUUCCUGUGUCAUUUACUGAAACCAGUAAUGGUCUUCCUCCUCAAUCGCAAAAAAAGUUUUCAGAUGGAUCUGCACCCUUCACUCCUACUGCUGCAUGCUUUAGCAAACAUGGAGAUCUGGUCUACUUGGGAAACUCAAAAGGUGAAAUACUUAUAAUAGAUCACAGAAGUAAUCAAGUCCGAGGCAUAAUUCAGGUUCCUGGGGGUUCUGUUAUUAAAAAUAUUGUGUUUAGUAGGAAUGGCCAGUAUCUUCUUACCAAUUCAAAUGACCGGACUAUAAGGAUAUACGAAAACCUUCUCCCAUUAAAAGAUGGGCUUAAUGCCCUUGAUGAGACAAAGAGUGACCUAAAUGAGCUGGAUGAGCUUGAAAAAUUGAAAGCUACUGGAUCGAGGUGUUUAUCACUCUUCCGUGAGUUCCAGGAUUCCAUAACCAAAGUUCACUGGAAAGCCCCUUGUUUCAGUGGUGAUGGUGAAUGGGUGAUCGGUGGGUCUGCUAGUAAAGGAGAACACAAGAUCUACAUUUGGGAUCGAGCUGGGUAUCUUGUGAAAAUCCUUGAAGGUCCAAAGGAAGCACUGAUAGAUUUAGCAUGGCAUCCUGUCCACCCCAUUGUCGUCUCUGUUUCAUUGGCUGGAUUGGUCUACAUAUGGGCCAAAGAUUAUACUGAGAAUUGGAGCGCAUUUGCGCCAGAUUUUAAAGAACUUGAAGAGAAUGAAGAAUAUGUAGAGCGGGAAGAUGAAUUUGAUUUGAUGCCAGAUAGUGAAAAGGUGAAAGAGUCAGACGUGCAUGAAAGUGAUGAUGUUGAUAUCAUGACAGUGGAAAAGGAUUCAGCUUUUAGUGAUUCCGAUGCCUCAGAAGAAGAGUUACGGUUCUUGCCGGCUGACCCUACUCCUGAUGCUCCUGAACAUCAGGACAAGUGUGUGGGAAGUACUUCAAAGUUAGCGGAGAGUACCCAGUCAGGAUCCCCACUUUCUGAAGAGGCUGGCCAAAAUGGGCAUGCACUGAAUCAGUCAUCCAGUCCUUUUGAAGGAAUGGAUAACUCCGCUGCUGAGGACACCGGAGAUACUCGCUUGAAAAGGAAACGAAGGCCUUCAGAUAAGUUGAUUGAGUUGCAGGUUGAAAAGGUUAAAAAGUCUUCCCAGAGGAUGAGACCAUCUGGUAAAUGAUUAGUUUCAUAAUCCACUCUCUUUAUUGAACAGUGACUGUUAUCAUUUCUUAAAGUUUACUUGCAGUUUAGGUAUUUGACAAAUAUUUGUACCCGUGAGAUUUUUUUUUUGAUUAGAUGACUGUCAACACUUCAUAACAGAGAGUAGUUUUUCCAGUAAUCCUGAUUGAUGUUUGUUUUGAGGAUGUGGAGAAUGUCUCCCGUCAAUUAAUUAAUAGAUGUAGUUUGAAACUUCUACUAUUGAUUGAAAAUGGGUAUCCAAGUGUUGACCACUGAUUUCCUUUUACGUUCUUUGGUGUUGAUCCUUUUCCCAUCUUCUACCGAGAACAGAAACUUGCUUCAUUUUCAAAUUCUUUUUUCUUGGGGUAGGGGUGGUCUAAACUGGGCAUGUUUCCAAGAAGGUUAUCUUAUUUGUUUUUUGCAAUAAUAAAAUAUCACAAGUGGUGAUUGUUUUUAUGUCCUGAGUUGAAUCUUUGGCAAAGUACAUGAAGCUAGAGAAUGUAUCUUUAAGAAUGAGCCUGUGAGCAUUCACGAUGUAAAUUGUUGUAUCUGAUGGUUUCUCUAUGUAGCCUCUUCUACUUAAAAGUAACAAUUUGUGCAUUAGCAUUUGUCAAAGAUCCAACGUUGUGCUGUAGAGAGCUGUGACGGCAAACAAAAGAAAAAUGGGAAAGUAGAAAGAUGCCUAUUUAGUAAUGCAAAGAACAUGAUGUUCUUAAAACACUUUUUGCUGAUCAUUGAUGAAUAUGGAGAUGCUGUAAAUAAUUUUGUCGAGUAGAAAUUCGUGCUGUUAUAACAAUAUUUAUUUAGCUCAUCUUUGUCCACGUUUUCGAUUCUGAUCAUGCUUUUCACAAUUUCUUGAAUAAGUCUCCUUGUUUCUCCCCCACUUUUAUCUCCUUUAAAGGUUUCAAUGCAUUUGCAUUUAUCUUUCAUUUUAUUUGUGUGUGUUGUAUGAG